AUGUCCCUCCAAACCCCCCGCAUCCUCCCUACUCACCUCCAAGCCUUCCACCCCAACAACACUGGCUCCCACACAUACACCGUCCGCCUACUCGGCACAGUUACCGCACUGCACGGUAGCACCGGAACACUCACAUGCGGCACAAGCGGCGAUGCUACACUGAUCUUGAAGUCUGAUGCGCGCUUGCAGGUUGGCAAGCUGGUCGAGGUUGUAGGGAAGGUGGCCGAUCUGGAGGGUGGACAGGGAUUGGGACUCCGUGUGCUGGGCUCGACAGAAUGGGGUGACCCAGCUGACUGCGACUUUAAGAUCUAUGAACAGGUCGUCAACGCCACGCAUCGCUUCACACCUAUCUUCUACAAUGUCGAGUAA